CCACCACAACCACCACAACCACCACAACCACCACAACCACACAAAACGCAAUGGAUCUCCUCAAGAACUUCACCGGCGGUAGCAGCAGCAAGAAGCCGGCGCAGCAGCCCGCGUCGAGCGGCGGAUUCAUGGACCGUCUCCACGGCGCGGCCGGCGGAGGCCCUCAGAGCGAGCACAAGGAGGAUGCGCUCGACAAGGCCAUCGACAUGUUCCAGGAGAAGGUCCUCGGCCAGGGUCCCCAGAACAACGAGAAUGCUUUCGAGCAGAGGAAGGAUGAGGCUAUUAGCGACUUCAUCCGUGGACAGUACAAGAGUGCGACUGGAAAGGAGUUCCCUGUCGCCGAUAAAUAGAGUGUGCAUAUGGUCGGAGAUGAAUUGGGUGGCGCUUUUGCGGUUGUCUGAUGAAUUGUAUUCGAGGGCAUAGGAUGGAUGGGAUGAUUGGAUACCACACUAUGACGAAUGAAUGAAUGAUGCAAACCAUCGGAUUGUGUAAUGUGAUUCUGGCCCUGGGUACUAUUUACAUUUUCGAAAAAUUGUGCACAGCAUCUUAUUUUGACUAUAUAGUACGGUAGUAGCUCCUUAAUUUUAUUGUAGCAGAAUGUGUCAGAGGGGCACUGAAGUUGUCUACGGUAGUCUCUAG